CGCAACUUCCUGCCCGACUGAGCUGUAAAGGCGAAUCCCUGCGAGGAGGUAGAGCACCACACUCCGGGUCAAGGUAACCUCCGUGGUCGCUGUGGGGAGCCCGGCGCGGCUGGACACGCGUAACCAUGUGGCAUCUGCUGGCCCGCGCCAGUGGGCCUCUCCUGCGAGUGCCUUUAUCAGGUUCUUGGGCAGUCCCACCCGCCAGUGCUGGCCUAAAGACGCUGCUCCCGGUGCCGACUUACGACGGUGUUUCCAUUCCUGAAAGGCCCAAGCUUAGAUUUGUUGAAAGGAUGCCACUUGUGCCAAAAGUUCGAAGAGAACCUAAAAACUUGCGUGACAUACGGGGACCUUCAACUGAAGAUACUGAGUUCACAGAAGGCAAUUUUGCAAUCUUGGCACUGGGUGGUGGUUACCUCCACUGGGGCCAUUUUGAAAUGAUGCGCCUGACGAUCAACCGCUCUAUGGACCCCAAGAACAUGUUUGCCUUAUGGCGAGUACCAGCCCCUUUCAAGCCCAUCACCCGCAAGGGUAUGGGACAGCGUAUGGGGGGUGGCAAAGGCGCCAUUGAUCACUAUGUGACUCCUGUGAAGACUGGCCGCCUCAUAGUAGAGAUGGGCGGACGCUGUGAAUUCAAAGAGGUAGAAGGUUUCCUCAACCAGGUUGCCCACAAGUUGCCCUUCCCAGCAAAGGCUGUGAGCCGUGAAACCCUAGAGAAGAUGCGGAAAGAUCAAGAGGAACGAGAGCGUAACAACCAAAACCCCUGGACCUUUGAGCGCAUAGCCACUGCCAACAUGCUAGGGAUACGGAAAGUACUGAGCCCAUAUGACCUGACCCAGAAGGGGAGAUACUGGGGCAAAUUCUACCUGCCUGAACGUGUGUAGUGAGAAUAUGAGAAAAAAAUGUACAGAGAGAAGGAAUCUACAUUUUUGUUCCCCUCAGUUACCUUGAAAGUCUGGGUAGCUCUGAUGACAUAACUAAGGAGCCGCAUAUGAGUGCUAUAGAUGAAAGUGCAUUAUAUUUAUAUUAAAUAAAAUUUCAGUAUCUCCUCUGGUUAUAACUUCUCAUU